GCGCGCGCCGCCCGCAGCCGCCGUGCCGAUGCCACGUGGGAGGCGGCGGAGCCGCCGCCGCCGCCGGGCCGGAGUCGCGGCCCCGCUAACGCUGGGGACGGCGCUCGCCGGCCGCCGCGAGGAGGGGAGGUCGCGGAGCCCCCGGGACCGCACCGGCAUCGCCGAGACCCGAUGGGUGCUCGGCGCGGUGGCGCCCGGGUCGCGGCUCGGCCUCCCGGGCCUAGAGGCGCUGGCGGCGGCGGCCGGGCCUAGGGGCGGCUCCCCGCCCUGGGCGGCGCCCUCGCUGCUGCAGGUGCCGGCGGCGGCCCAGCCGGCCCCGCGGCGGGACGGCAGCGACCUGCCCGCCGGCGCGCCCGCCGCCCUGGCCGUGCUGCGGCUUCAGCCCGGCGCCGAGGGCCCGGCGCGGGCGGCGGCGGCGGCGGCCGGGGCCGCGCCGCGCCUGCGGACCGUCUACGUGAACCCGCGCUGGCUGGAGCGCCAGGCCGCGCUGGGGGCGGCGGCGGCGGCGGCGGCGGCUGCCAGCCCCUGCGCGGAGGCGGCAGCGGCGAGCGGCGCGGCCGGGGCCCCGGCCCCAGCCCCAGCCCCGGCUCCGGCCCCGGCCCCGGCUCCAGCUCCGGCGGCAGCUCCGGCGGCGGCUCCGGCGGCCGGGCAGGGCGAGGCCGAGGCGGCGGCCACCCCCUACGUGGGGCUGCGGCGGCCGCUUGGCUACAAGUUGGCCAAGGCCACCAAGGAGCGGAUCUGGCGGGGGGAGUUCAUUGACCUCUUUUCCUUGCUCCACACAGAGCUGGCCCCCGAGCACGGCCCGCGCCCGGGGGACACGCUGGACCAGUGGGUCUCGGCCUUCCUGGUGUACGCCAGCGUGCUGUGCGAGAAGCACCCGGCGCGCUGCGGAGCCAUGUUCAAGUACCUGGACACCAUCCGCAAGCUGCACGCCACCUACGGCGGCACCUCCUGGAUGAACUACGACGAGGACUUCCGGCGGCGGGCGGCCAAGAACCCCACACUGCCCUGGGGCGACGUCGACUUGGACCUGUGGAUGAAGUGGAUGGCGCCCCUCAAGUCGCUUGUCCCCAGGCGCCCGCGUGCUGAGAGCGAGACACAGGCCUCGCCGGCCCAGCCACCACCGCCGGGCCAGAGCCCCAAGCAGGAGGAGAAAAGCCAGACUCCAUGAAAACAGAAGACCAGUUGGGAUGGGAGUCAGACUAAGUGGCCUGACUCCGUUGGUGUUUAAGUGGAGCUCUGGUAUUCUAGUGCAUUCUUUUACCUCUGCUUCUGUUGCGUUGCAAGCUGUGCUAGAGAAGACGUAGGAAAUUCAUUUUACCCAAUCAGCAAUUGUAACAGUGGACUACAAACCUGCAGAGCAAGCCAGUUUGCUGGAAAACAGGAAUUCCUGCAGCGCAGCACUUGUCACAGACUAUCCAAAGAGGGCAAAGAUUCAGGAAGGUGAAUUGAACACUGGUUGAAUGAGGUCAGGAACACUCUCCCGGAGGAGAAUCCUGCCCUAAAAUACUACUUUGAAAGUAAAAGCCAAUUUAAUGCGCAGAUUAAACCUUCUCAUUUGACCAAACUUGUGUGCAAUCCUGGAUCUUUGCAGAUCACAACCGGACACUUCAAAACCCUGUGUAUUAUAUUUGUUUAAAAAAAAUAAAUCAUAACUUGUCUUGUUACAGCUA